AUGGUCCUCGAAGAAGCUGCUGCGUCCUCCGACUCCUUCCAGUACAACAAUGACUCCUUUCCAUCUGAUCCCGAUCGGUACGAAUCUAUGGGCAGCACGGACUCGACUCGUGGAUCAGGCGAAUGGAUGCGCAUACCACAAAAAGGCAUCCAGGACGCGAAUCAAGAGACUCCAGUAUACAUAAACCUCAAUAAUCUACCCCGCCGCUUCGCCCUCAUCAACGCCGGAGACCACCCAGACUUCGUAAUAAAAGGCAUCCAACAGCAAUGUUUCUUCGUAGCCCAGACGUUACAACGACCGAUCACACAGCCAGAGGCAGAUGCCCUAGCCUAUCACUUCGCGAAGAGCUUACGAAUGGCUAGCUACGGCUCUCCGAUCGGAACAGCAAUAGCAGUCGCGCUGGCGUACAGAGGAAGAAAGACGUACAGAUUCCCAGGCUGGACACCAUUCAAAGAGGGCAGCCGGUUUAGCAAAGAUCGCUUCGGCCCACUGUUCACAGGCUACCGAGCUCGAAUAGCAUGGCAGGGGACACGAUUCUGGGCUUACGGCAUGGUCGGUGCAGUACUAGGGCAGAUAUUCUUCGGUUCGUAUGCUCUCAGCGUCAGCCUGGCAGGUCGAGCAAUGGACCCGCGACUCAAGUCCUUCAACGAGGCAUUGCGCGAGAAGCAGAAGAGUGGACUGGGUGCUCAAGUAGGAAGGAGGGCGGAGGACGAGAGUGCCGGGCCGAGAGGGAUGGAAACGUAUGAUAUGGCGCGGCAGAGACGGAGUGCGCAGGGUACCGGGAUCAACCGAAAAGGAAGGGAGCAGAAAGAGGAAAAGAACUGGGACGAUGCUUCGCCUACGGGUAGUAUGUCGUUUGAUGAGGAAGUCGCAUACGGUGCCGAGCAAUCUGGUUUCAUGAGCGAGCAGGAGGUGCAAAGGCAAGCAGAUGCAAGAAUGAGCACGAGCUCAGAUCGAAGUUCCCCUCAAGAGACUGGACGGCCGACAAAUAAUCCGCGGACAUCGCAGUCCUCGCGAGCCUCACGGGAGAAUACCGAGAGUAAGCAGCCUAGUAGUGGUAGUGGUGGUGCAUGGGAUCGACUAAGGCAAGAAGCCAUGUCCUCCAGCUCAUCACAACGCUCACCAUCAACAUCAUCAAGAGGCAUGACGCCGUCCAACUCAGCUGGCGCACGAGCACCGGGACGUGGACGAGAGGACGCUUCUUCGGGCGAUAGCUUCAGCUUCUCCUCCGAUGAUGCGGACAGACAGCUAGCGAAAGGUGAGGCACAGAGGGAAUUCGAUGCAAGAUUAGAGCGAGAACGGACGGGCGGGGAUUUCGUUGCGGGCGGUGGCGGUGGAAGACGGAAGUGGACGUAG